AUGCUUCAGGGUGCGAUAGUCAUGCUCGAGCUCAACGUUCUUGGCAUGAAGAUGGUCGUAUUUCUCGGACAUCUUGGUGACGCUAGCGCGGAGGAGCUCCACCUCUGCCUAAAGAUUGACAUCUGCCGAAGAUUUCCUUCGGGAGGUACCCUCGCGGGGGGUAUGGUGCGGAGUGUCGUGGCUAUCCUCGGUUAG